AUGUCCAACCAUCCUCCCGACUACGACCCUAAUCGACAGGGCCCGUAUCCACCUCAGUGGAACAGCCAGGACGAUCCUGCGCCUUAUCCAUACCCGCCGGCCUCCUACCCUCCGGACCACGAUCGUGCCUACCCAUAUCCGCCCCCGUCGCAAUACCCUCCAUCCAGCAUGGCUGCUAUUCAUCCACAUGCCCAAGGGCAAGAUCCUUACCGGCUGCCCCCACCUCCCGGGGCCUAUCGUCCCGAUGUAUAUGCGCAGCCACCCCCGCAGGUCGUCUAUCAGGCUGCCGCUCCUCGUCAGCGAACAGCCAUUGCGUGUCGGUAUUGUCGGCGACGGAAGAUUCGGUGCUCGGGUUUUGAGAGCUCUCAGGAUGGACGCUGCAGCAACUGUAUUCGCUUCAACCAGGAGUGCAUGUUCACCCCAGUCUCGUCGCAAGCGCAAGCCUUCGUCCCCGCGCAUGCCGCCUACCCCCAUCUGCGAAGUACGCAGACCCCCGGCCGCCCUGGAAAUGUGACCCUCUACGGUGCUCAUGGACAGCCGCUGCCCCCUCAGCAGCAGCCCGACCCAACCUUGCCGCCGCCUCAAGGGAUGUAUCAGCCUCCAUACGGCGGGGCUCCGCCCCUUGCGUCGUCCAUGCCGGAUCCGAGGCACGGUGGCCGCCGAGGCUCGGGCUCGGGCUUCGAGUACCCUGACCCAACCAAUCUGGCGCCUGUGACGCCCGCCGGAUCUGCCCCCGGGUACCAGACGCACACCGCUCCGAGCCCCUACUACCCUCCCCAUGAUCAGCGCACCUCGCCGCAGUCCGCCUACGCGUACGAUGCUCGCCACUCCUCUUCCCCCCACAGCUCGCCCUACCCGCCUAUGCAGCCGCCGCAGGGUGGUGUGACGCCGCCGCCGACGUCGACGCCUGGUGGCUCGGGUCGCGGAGGAUUGAAUGUGCGCGACAUGUUGAAUCCCGGCGACUCCCACGGCCGCUCUAGCACAGAUAGCGACAUGCUCAAUGCGCUCAAUCGCCGCGGUCUUAACCAGUAA